UGCUUCCAAAUCUACAGCCCAAGUUCAGCGCUCUAAAAGAUCAAGCAAAUAUCUUUUGGUGCUUCAACUUUUAACCUUGACUCUGUUUCUAGAGUCAUCUCUCUAUGCAGAGAUAAUCUGACUCUUUAAACUAUUCAUCUCCAGCUUCUGUCUUCUCUACAAACUGGAGCUCUUCUUUCCCUUCUUCGCCCCUCGUCCUUGAUAACGAGGCCAGCGGCUUAUCAUCGCAUCACAUCGCCUUGCAUCGUCUCGCCUCUUCACAUUCAACUCAACUCAACCUCAAUCACGUUCAACUGAGAGUGCAUGCACGUGAUCGUUUUAAAAUAUCUCUUCACUGCACUCUGCACUCUCUUUUAUCCAUUUUUUUCUAUCUUUCAGAUACAACAAAGGCACUCAUCCCCCAAGUUCUAUAUAAGGUACUUCUCAUGAGAACGGUACCUCUUCUCAUGAAACUAACCCGCACAAUACCCUUCUUGAACUGCAUCCUGCAAGUAGCCGCCUGCCACCUGCGGCCUUCAUAAAGGAUGGCUACAAAUGGUCAACCAUCUCACUCUGCAAACGGUGUUCCACCAUGGAAUCCAGUUGCUCUACUGCAGCCAAACCAGAGGGCUGUUUCAACUCCGAACCUCGUAAACUCCGGGCAGGGCCAGUUCUCGCCAUCUCUCCAUCAUGCUCACCCGGCUCAGAGAAUGCAGCCCAGACCUCAAAUGAACAUGAACAUGCACAACAACUCCAUGGUCUUUCAGUUCUCCAGUCCUAAUGAUACUCCAUCUGCUGGCCCCUCCAGUAGAUCAUCCACUCCAGGUAGUAGUUGUGCCAAUGGUUUCAACGGUGCAGGCCACUUCAUUGAGCGUGCGAAUAAUGUUCAGCAUCGCUCUGUCGUUCCUCAACCAAAGCGAAGGAGAACCGAAGACAGCGAGGGAGUUCACAAUUUUAUGACUCCUCCAGCACAGGGCGGAAGUGGAAUUCUGGGUCAAUAUGUUACGGACAAACGCAAAGAAGCCAAUAGUGCAACUGCGUCACCAGCCAUGACAGUUGAUCUCACUAGUGGAAAUGACGACGAGGAUGUAGUCGUUCAAGAUCCCCGCGAGGAAGAGGUUUGCUACGGAAUGAUCAAGGCUUCAUUGGGCUGCACUCGAGUCCCUUCGCCAAAGCCAGGCACCCAACAGAGUGUCUGGGGUCCAAACUAUCAACCUGCAAUCAAAGUUGUGCUCAAGCGGCAGGUCGGUGAUACCUCGCUUAAGAUACAAGCCUACGACCACACACGACAGAUCAUUGGUCUGGUAGAAAACCAAGGUGCUCGUGCCGUUGCGCCUCUUCUCGACUCAAACAUUCACCUGAGAACGGACAGCCGAAUCCCGCCGCAGCCAAAGAAGCCCGGCGAGGAGCCUGGCCAGCCCACCUCACGAUCCUAUACCCUCGACAUCGUCAUGUAUGGGCCCAUCAAGUACGCUAGGAACGUAGGCGCUCAUCUGAGCAAGUUUGGCCUGAAGUUGCUGGCCCCUUAUCUUGUUCAGAAGGGAAUUCGUGUUCAGAACCCUCAUGUUCUCGAAUAUCGUCCCCCACCUCCAAAAGUAUAUUCUACUGUGCCUACAAACGAUGGGCAAAAUGCCUCUUACACCAGCACCUUCAACAACCGAACCGUGGAGGAGAUUCGUUCAGAAGUUAUGGGCGUCUUCGAUUCCCUCACACGAAACGAUGAUUUGCCGGAGAUGGAACCUAGCCAGGAUAUCCUGACGCCUCUGCUUAAGCAUCAGAAGCAAGGAUUGUUCUUCAUGAUGACCAGAGAAAAGCCCCGGGAGGCGCAGGCAUAUGAAAAGACUAUGGUUUCCUUCUGGCAAGACAAAUUUGGCCCCGCCGGCCAGCGGAUAUACUUCAACGUUAUCACUGGUCAAAACCAGGCCAGGCCACCAGCGGAAACUCGGGGAGGAAUUCUGGCUGACAUGAUGGGCCUUGGUAAAACGCUCAGUAUUUUGUCCUUGAUCACGACAUCCACCGAUGCUGCGUAUGAGUGGGAACGACAAGCACCUGUCCAGCCAGAAGCGCCCGAGCAGAAACCGACGAAACACGAGGUUCUCUCCCAGCAGCCGACUCUUGCCUUGACUCCGUUGAUGAGGAACGCAAAGACCACCUUGCUUGUGUGCCCUCUCAGUACGGUAACAAACUGGGAGGAACAGAUCAAGCAACACAUUCGACCUGGUGCUCUCGACUACCACAUUUAUCACGGCCCAAACAGAAUCAAGGACCCUGCAAGACUCGCAAACUUCGACCUCGUGAUUACCACCUAUGGUUCUGUAUCGAAUGAACUCAGUUCUCGUCGAAAGAAGAAGGAUGGCCAAUAUCCAUUGGAACAGAUUGGCUGGUUCAGGAUUGUGCUGGAUGAAGCUCACAUGAUUCGUGAACACAGCACUCUCCAGUUCAAGGCCAUCUGUCGACUGCAGGCAGACCGACGCUGGGCCGUCACCGGUACACCCGUGCAGAACCGGUUGGACGAUCUUGCUGCCCUAUUGGCCUUCCUUCGACUGCACCCAUUCCACGAUCGAUCCAAGUUCCUUCGAUACAUUGUGGAGCCAUUCAAGGCAUGCGAUCCUGAGAUCGUGCCCAAACUCCGAAUCCUCGUAGAUACAAUCACGUUACGUCGAUUGAAAGACAAGAUUGACCUGCCUCCUCGAGAGGACCUUGUGGUGAGACUUGAUUUCAGUCCCGAGGAACGCAGCAUCUACGACUUGUUCGCAAAGAAUGCGCAGGAUCGAGUCAAGGUGCUCGCUGGAACUAAUAAUGGCCAGGCACUGGGCGGUAAUACCUACAUCCACAUUCUCAAGGCAAUUCUACGACUUCGACUACUCUGCGCGCACGGAAAGGAUUUACUCAAUGACGCCGACCUAGAUACAUUGCAAGGAAUGUCGGCAGAGAUGGCAAUCGACAUUGAUGAUGAUGAUGAUGACGACAAACCAGCACUCUCUGAUCAGAAAGCACACGAGAUGUUUACAUUGAUGCAAGAGACCAACAACGACGCAUGCAUUCAAUGCAGCAGGAGGAUCAGCUCCAACGAGAGCUCUAAUAUUGAAACAGAAGGCCAGGAUGAUAUUCUGGGUUUCAUGACGCCUUGUUUCCAUGUCAUUUGCCGAAACUGCAUCAAAACGUUUAAGGAACGGGCCAAAGCUCUGAUGCCAGAGGGCGAGAACAGCGGAUAUUGUCCAGUCUGCAAUGCCUACGUGAGACAUGCUUUCGUACAGCUUCACCGAAGGGAGGUGGACGCGGAGCAUGACGGUCCAGCCAAGCCCAAGUCACGAAAUGCUGUCAAGAAUUUCGACAAGUAUGACGGCCCGCAUACAAAGACUCGCGCUUUGAUCGAAGAUCUCCUGAAGUCCAAGGCAGCGAGUGAGGCAAACCCGUCUGAACCUCCGUACAAAUCGGUAGUUUUCUCAGGCUGGACUUCUCAUCUGGACCUCAUUGAGCUUGCACUCAACGCCAACGAGAUCGUGUUCACCAGGCUCGACGGCAGUAUGAGCCGCACACAACGAACCACCGCCAUGGACAGAUUUCGCGAGGACAGCACUGUCCAUGUGAUCUUGGUAUCAAUCAUGGCAGGUGGUCUGGGUCUGAACUUGACUGCUGGAAACAGCGUAUACGUGAUGGAACCGCAAUACAACCCAGCCGCCGAGGCUCAGGCUAUCGACCGUGUCCAUCGGCUGGGGCAGAAGCGGCCUGUCCGCACCGUUCGAUACAUCAUGCGGGACAGUUUUGAAGAGAAGAUGCUGGAGCUUCAGGAGAAGAAGAUGAAGCUUGCCAGCUUGAGCAUGGAUGGCCAAAACAGGAGCUUAGACAAGGCGGAGGCAGCUCGGCAAAAGUUGAUGGAUCUGCGUAGUCUUUUCAAAUGAGUGACGAACAAGCCUCAGUCCCGUUGGGUACUGGAGCAUUAAUGACCGCAUGAGACGGGAGUUUUCGGUGUGCUUUUCUUCCUUAUCUACUUAGUUAUUUUCUCUCAAGGCCUUUUUCUCAACUCACUGGAAGUGAGUCGUUUCGGGCUCGAGUAGCAUCAUCCUGAGCGUGAGCGCUCAGGCAUCAUGGGAUGUGUUACUUUUUUUGUUCUUCGUUCUCGGGCAAGGCUAUACACCUGGCUCUCACGAGAUGGUUUGUUCUUCUUAUAUUGCAUUAUGGGAUCAUGGGCUGGGAAUGGGAUGGGGUGGCAAGCGUUGAGUGGCAUGCGGUACUACAAAAUACGACCCUGGGAUUUGCUGCAUGGCGUACCUGGGGGAAACAGGCUUUUCAGUGGGAGAUCAAUGGGAAUAUGGGGCCUUAUGAUAUAGACAAUCAAUGAAGUUUUUCAGUAGAUCUUUGACCUCGAGAAAAAUCAGGCGCAUGUCAGGGUUGAAAAGUUGUUUGGUGGUAUCUUAUUCUGAUAAUGAUCCUAAUCUACUGAUCCCUAUAACGCCCC